AUGUCUUCGUUAACUAGAUUGUUACAAGAAAAACGAAAAAACGAAACCUCGAAGUCAUCACCGAGAACUUCUGCUGAUACACUGACCUCAACACCUGAGUCACAACCGCUCGACAUUCAAGCAAGGAAUAGGAGCAGCAGUCAUGUUAGUAGCGUGAGCAAUAGUAGCAGUAAUCGUAUUAGAGCUACCGUACCAGUUCCUGGAAGUGUUACAACUGUUACUCAAAUAUACUCAGAAGAGGAUUCUUCAUCUACGGCCGGUUCCUCUCUAGAUGAUAGAAAUCAGUUUUCCUCAAGUUUUCUUAAUUCAAACUUUGCCCAUACUGCAUCAUUCUAUGGUACAAGUGCACAAAGCAAAGAGAGGUUCGGGUCUUUAAUGAACGACCAGGGUGCAGCUGGAUUUUCCUCCUAUGGUGGUUCUCUUGCUGCACAGAAUAGAAUUACAAGUAGAUUAUCUGCCACGUCGCAUACUUCGGGAAGGGCUAUUCCUUCUUUGUCAUCAAGUAUACCUUACUCCGUCCCAAAUUCUAACAAGGACAACAACAGCUCUAAUAGUAACAGCUCUUCUUUAUCCUCCUCAUGGCUCGAAACAUAUGCAGGUGGUAUGCCUAAUAAUAUUUCAGCAAUUGAUUCUAAUGUUAUAUCCUCUCCGAAGGUAGAUAGUGUCGAGCCACGUUUCGUUAUUUCCAAACAAAAGCUUCAAAAAGCAUCAAUGGAUAGUAAUAAUGCCAAUACUACUCAAGCAAGAUCUAUUUCUCGUUCAGGUUCAUUUUCUUCACAACUUGGAAAUUUUUUCUUUUCCAAAAACUCAAAAGAAUCUUCAAAUCCAAACUCUGCAGGCAUGUCUUUUCCUGUUAAUUCAAAUGGCCCAUCUCCUAACAUUAAAAAUCCCAAUGCUACAAAUGGUUCAACGGCUAUCCCUAAACCUAUCCGUGCAAGGCAAAGCAGUAUAUAUUCUGCGUCAAGACAACCAACUGGCUCGUACACAGAUAAUUUUUACGGUUCUCCUUCGUCUGUUCAUGACCAUUUACCCCCAAGCCAAAGCGUUCCAAGGUCGCAACAUUCUUCCAUUGGUGAUUUAAAGAGGUUUUUCAAAAAAAGUUCUAGCAAUAAUCUUUCCUCGAAUAACAACAAUGCAAUCCCGAAUGGAUCGCCUCUUUCUAACGGAAUACCUGUUCCAUCGCAUUCCCAUUCAUCAUCCCAUUGUGCAAGUGGUAACAACCCCUACUCCACUAGCUAUAACGGAAAUGGAGAUACUAUUUAUUCUCAUAAUCAUGGCGUUUCAGGGAUUCCGUUUUCAAAGAGAUACAUUAAAACAGGGGCUGAUCUAGGUGCUGGAGCAGGGGGGUCCGUUAAAUUGGCUCAAAGAAUCUCGGAUAACCAAAUAUUUGCAGUAAAAGAAUUUAGAACUAGAUUUGAAAAUGAAUCAAAAAGAGAUUAUGUCAAGAAAAUAACAUCUGAAUACUGUAUUGGUACAACUCUGAACCAUCCAAAUAUUAUUGAAACAAUUGAAAUCGUGUACGAAAAUGAUAGAAUUCUCCAAGUAAUGGAAUAUUGUGAAUACGAUUUAUUUGCUAUUGUAAUGAGUAAUAAGAUGUCUUAUGAAGAAAUUUGUUGUUGUUUUAAACAAAUACUUACUGGUGUACAAUAUUUGCAUAGUAUUGGCUUGGCUCACAGAGAUUUAAAGCUAGAUAAUUGUGUUAUAAACGAAGAAGGUAUUGUAAAACUAAUUGAUUUCGGUGCAGCUGUAGUUUUUUCGUAUCCGUUCUCCAAAAAUCUUGUCGAAGCAAGUGGAAUUGUUGGUAGCGAUCCGUAUUUAGCACCGGAAGUUUGUAUAUUUGCCAAGUAUGACCCACGUCCCGUAGACAUUUGGUCUUCAGCAAUUAUUUUUGCAUGUAUGAUAUUGAAGAAAUUUCCAUGGAAGAUCCCAAAACUUAGAGAUAAUUCAUUCAAAUUAUUUUGUUCUGGACGUGAUUGCGAUUCUUUAAGUAGUUUGGUGACAAGAACUCCUGAUCCUCCUUCAUAUGACGAAUCGCACUCUACUGAAAAGAAGAAACCGGAAGGUUCUUCAAAUAAUGUAUCAGAUCCUAAUAAUGUUAAUAUUGGACCGCAAAGAUUAUUGCAUUCAUUACCGGAAGAAACUCAGCAUAUCAUUGGACGCAUGAUUGAUUUGGCACCUGCAUGUAGAGGAAGUAUCGAAGAAAUCAUGGAAGAUUCUUGGAUUCGAAGCAUUGAUAUGUGCCAUCUGGUUGAAGAAGAUUUAUCGUUCAAAGUGGUUAGAGGAGAAGACCAUCAUCACACACAAGUUGAUCAAAGUGAAGCGCAUAUUGCAGGCCUCGAAAAGAAAAAGAAAAAACAAAAUAAUCAAUAA